AUGUGCCGACAGACCGUCGUUGAGAAGCAUUUGUGGGUUGAUCGGUACCGGCCAAAACGAUACCUCGACUUGCUCGGAGAUGAUCGCAUACAUCGUGACACGAUGUCAUGGCUGAAGGAGUGGGAUCAUUGCGUGUUCGGACGCAAGACCACUAAGAGGCGUGGGAAGCAGGAUGAUCCGGCGCAAGAAGGAUACGAAGAUCCAUAUCAUCGACCUUACGAGAAGAUCUUGCUAAUCUCAGGUCCGCCGGGUCUGGGAAAGACAACGUUGGCCCAUGUUCUCGCUACUUCUGCUGGAUAUUCCGUCUAUGAGAUCAAUGCUUCCGACGAACGUGCAGCGAGAGUGGUAGAUGAUCGUAUCCGACCUGCGCUUGAAGCUGGAUCCGGGGUUGGAUCAAAGAAACCUGUUUGUGUCGUCAUCGAUGAGAUUGACGGUGUUGGCGGAGCUGGCGUAGAUUCAAAUGCAUUCAUCAACGGCCUUAUCCAACUCACGCUCGACAAGCCACGAAAGAAGACCGCGGGAAGACGCAACGGCCAGAAAGACGUCCGACCCCUACUCCGUCCCAUAAUUUGUAUUUGUAACGAUCUCUACGCUCCCUCCCUCCGUUCCCUACGCCAGCACGCAAGACUCGUUCGGGUAAGGGCACCAACCCCGAUCAUGCUGACAAACCGACUACGAGAUGUCUGCGAGACUGAGGGACUCAAAGCGGAUAAUCGUGCGCUGAGCGCGCUUGUUGGCGUGACCAAGGGGGAUAUUCGGAGUUGUCUGAAUACACUUCAGUUCAUCCGCGCACGAACCGUCGAGGUCACAGAGACCGUUGUGCGGAGCGCUACGGUCGGUAUGAAGGACUCGGAGAUGUCAACCCAACAAGUCUGGGACGAUAUCUUCCUACCUCUUUCAAAGAAGCGCAUACGGCAGCUGGGGCUUACCGAUGCUGAAGAAUCGAAGUAUGUUGCUCGUCUCAACUUUGAGGUAGAAGCCACGGAUGAGGUAGAUCGGGUUAUGCAAGGGUGUUUUGAUCACUACCCCAAAGCACGACUACGCGAUGCCCCCUGGGCGAUAUUCGAGAAAGCACACGCAUGGUUGGACGCUUUCGACCUCUUUACCGGCACGUUCAAGGGCGGUGAUGACCCGAUCUGGGCACUGCGGGAAUACCGCUCUUACUUUGCGGUCGCUUUCCGGCCGCUCUUUAUCAACCCUGGGAAUCCAAAGGCUGAAUUCCCGCAGGCGGACUAUGAGGCGUACUUGACUGCAAAAGCAAACGAAGAGAUUUAUGCCACGUUUGCGAAGGAGUUGUCGACAGAGGUCACGAAGUCUUUCACUAAGGAGAUGUUACCAACCGAGCUGCUCCCUCUGCUGAAUCGCAUCAUUUCUCCCCCUCUGAAGACAGUUAACCACCAGGUUAUCAAAGCCGACGAGCGGGCGAUGCUGAACCGGGUCGUCCAAUUGAUGGCAGACACAAAGAUGAGGUUCGUACAGGAGAAGACGGAAGAAGGACAGCUAGUGUACCGGCUUGACCCCGCGAUUGACGUGUUCAUCACAUAUGAUGGAAAGCGGUCUGCAGAUGUAGGCGCUUCCCGGUUCGGACUGAGACAGGUCAUCUCAAAACAGGUAAGCUAG